ACUAAGUGGCGGCACUUCUACGUCAAAUGAACAAAUAAAUAUUUGCAUACAUAAGCCGACAAGUUGACAUGCAUGGAAACGUCAUGUAAACAAAAAAGUGUAAAAACGUAGAAAACAAUUUGCAGAACAAAAUCUCACAAAAUUGUAGUCUUUUCAGGUUCACCAAAUUUAAAUCUGUUAUAAAUGCCCAAGCUUUUAUUUUUAUUUUUAUAUUUUCAUAAAAUUUUGCGGUAAAAGUAGACAGAAAUUAAAAAAGCAACCCAAAAAGUAACGUGUACGGAAAGUCAGAAUUACAAAAUAAGCCUUUCAAUGUUAUCUGAGGGCGUUCGGCAUGUCUUGUCGUUUGAACUUCGGCAAGGCACGGGUAAUGCUGCUCCCUUAAGGCCGCGAAAUGUAUGUGUUAAAUUGAAAUCGUCGAUACAAGUACACGUAUGUAUGUAUUUGCACAGAAAAACUAAGUAGAUAUGACAGUUAGUGGCGCAGCGACGUCAAUGUCAGCGUUAACAGGGCUCCACAUCGUUUGCAGCGACAGUCGGCAGCAGUUGACGACAGUGGUAGCAGAGCAAAAAGCACCAACGAGUCGUUUUUAGUAUCAGUUGUGUGUUUGGAUUGCUUGCGUAUACGUAGGACUGUCACUCGGCAACUGCGGUUCGGUAUCUAUUUAAUUUUAUUCACAAGUGUAAAUUGCUGCGGCUGGUAAACGCUGGACGCUUGGGUGAGUAUGUGCAUAGGUGUGUAGGAGUUGAAGCCAGGGUAGUAAGCGAAUCAACGUAUAGGGGGGAGUGAGUUUCCCGAAGAUAGCCGCAAAGCGGAGUUGAAAGAGCAACGCGAUGCUGUGCGAUGUGUAUGCGAGCUUACGAAUGAUGUGGAAAUCGUAAUGUAAGCAGACGGAUCAAAUAAGGAUACGAAGAAGAAGAUAUAAUGGCAAAUAUGAAAAGUUUGCAAACGACUAGUGUGAAUUCUGUGCGUACAUAUGUGUGCAUGUGGUCGUGGCAUAGAGAGGAUAUUACUGCGCGCCUGCUAGUGAAAUAAUUUAAAUAAAUUAAUAAAAUCAUAAUUCAAUUAAUUGAGAAUAUAUGUUUGCAAAUGCGAAAAUCGCCAUCUUUGUAAAGUGAAGGUGCUACAUUUACCUCCUUGAGGCAGCGUUUUUUUUCGUUUUUCGCAGCACAGACCACAUCACGUAAAAGAAGCAGGAAAUAAAGAGCGGAAAGAGCAGGAAAAAAGAAAAAAAAUGUGUUGGCCAUCAACAACAGCCAGUAGGGCUCCACAAGGUGUUAAGCAAAGUUCAAGUGCCAAUUACAACAGCAACAAACACAUGUUUAAUAAAUAUUAACAAUAACAACAGCAACGCAAGCAGCUUAUCACACCCAACGAUGCAAAUAAAAAAAAAUAAAAAUAAAGAACUAAAUUUAGUAAUGAUUAGUUAAAAUUAAAAAAAAAAAAUAUUAGAAAACAAAAUUAUAAUAGAGUGUGAAAUAAAUAAUAUAAAUAAUAAGAAUAUUGAACAUACUUCAAAAUAUUAAUAAAUGAAUCAACAAAUAUUAAAAAGAUUACUAAAGUGUUGUACGCGAAUUAAAAAUAUUAAAGUAAAAUUAAUGUGUCUAAAAAAUAUAAAAAAAUGUAUUGAUAGCAUUUAGUGAAACAAAAUAAUAAAAACAAAAAAAAUAUAUAUAUAGAUAUUAUUUAAAGAAAAAAUCUGUACAACUUGCACUAGCAAAAUAGUCAACUAAAAGUUUCUUUUGCUCACCAUAAUCAUUUAUAGUUGCUGGCAACAAAACACACACACAUUUAGAAUUGUGUUUGUCACAAAUACCACUCGGAACAGUAGAAGAUGUCCACACUGUGAUUACUAAUAUGAACGAUUUGGAAUUGUUUUGAAUACAGGAAGGAAACAAAGAAAAAAAAGGAAAAAACUUCAACUGUAAAGCUUGUAAAUACAACAAAAACAAUAACAACCCGUUUGUAGUAUAUAUGUAAGUACUAUGUAAAAAUCAAGACCGCCGCAAACCGCCGAAACAAUAAGUUAACAAGACAACAAAAACAAAAGAAAAUACAAAUCUUCAUUUAUACCAAACAACAAUAACAAAACAGCUAGAAAAGAAGCAAGCGAGCAACAACAUUUGUCCAAUCAACUCGUAUUCAAAUUGUUACCGUAACGGCUAGACAAAGAAUGUGGUCAAAGCUGCGGUAGCACACCAAGCCAAGCCAAAGCCAAGCGAACUAACGAACUAAUUAACCAAUCAAACAAAGACAAACCAACUGUAGCCAAUAAAUGCAUGAGAAUUUUAACACCAACAACUGUAAUAACAAAAACAAAAAAAAGAGAACAUGCACAUGAAAAAGUUUAAAAAGUGGAAUUGAAUUUAAUGGAAUUAUCACGCGUGACUAUGCGUUUCUUUACAUAGAAGCCAAAGCGAUUCCCUCUUAUUUUUCGCUUUGCCACACAAAACUAUUUGCUACCCAUUUUGACUUAAUUACCAAGUAUAACUAUCUUAAAAAUUAGCUAACGCCACAGCUCGCGAAAAAAUAAGCGAUUUUGAAAGAAGUUGAAAAGAACAGGCGUUUUUUGUUGUAAGCCUCUACAAACGCAAUCACAAACGUCAUCACUGUCUGUUUUCGUCUCUACUAGCUUCCUAAUACUAUAUAGAUACUAUAUGUAUGAUUCGUAGAACAUCUCGUAUUUCAACUGAACGAAAGUGAAAAAGGAAUCCACAAAUUACACCAGAAUAAUACAAAAAGUUAAAGGAAAUAACAAGUAAUAGACGAUAAUUCAAAAUGACUUCGCCACCGGAAAGUCCUAUUGAGGAGGUUGUCUUCGAAUUGGAACACACUCGAGUGCCUAAGCCGAUUAAUGUAACAAUCGAAGAUUUGUAUCGCGAGACUAAAUUCUCAAAACAAGAAAUACGAAUUAUGUAUCGAGGAUUUAAAACGGAAUGUCCCGAAGGUGUUGUCCAUGAAGAAUGUUUCAAGGAGAUUUACGCCAAAUUUUUUCCACAUGGCAAUUCCAGUUUAUAUGCUCACCAUGUGUUUCGGACUUUCGAUAUAAACAGUACUGGUUCUGUGAAUUUUCGGGACUUUCUCAAUAUUCUCUCAACACUGUUGCGCGGUACAGUUUACGACAAAGUCAAGUGGACCUUUAAAUUGUACGAUGUAAAUGGCGAUGGCCGGAUAACACGUGGCGAAAUGAGCGAUUUAUUUCAUUCCAUACACGAGCUAAUGGGUCGACGGCCGCAUCAGCCGGAGGAAGACCGAAAAGCCAAAGAACAGUUGGAACGUACCUUCCGUUCAUUUGAUCCGCACAAUGUCGGCUAUAUUAAUUUCGAGAUGUGGAUGAAGGGUUUGCUGACCAAUCGAACCAUUGUGAAUUCAUUCCAUGUAUUUCACUCGGAUCCCUGAUGGUCGGAGAGUGACUUCGAGAGCAUUUUGAAUAAUCAAGAAGUUAUAUCGCUGAUAGAUCUUUGAGAUAGCAAGAACAAUAACGGCAGGAGCACACGCAAAGCCAGCGCAAGUCCACAGACGAGUAAACCGUUAGACAAAAAUAAAAAGACGUAAAAUUGCGAGCAGAAGUUUCAGUAUCAAGAAAAUGAAAUUCGUUUUAGCGAAAAGAAAGUCGAUGAAAAGGCGUAAAAUCAGGUGUAUUUGUAUGCGUGUAAUAUAUAUACAUAUAUAUAAAGUAUUUAACAGUUAGUAAGCUUCAGAUUGCGAAUAUCUUGUAUAGUUGUGAAAGAAAUGCUUAAAGAAGUGUCACAACUGAGUCGUACACAAACUGAAAAUAGCCUUAAAAUAUCCCAAGGAGCUAUUUAAUGCUCCAGUUAGUCAUAUUAUAUACAACAAAAGUACGUGUUAUAAAAAAGUGUAAAAUAAGUGAGGCACAGCAUUGACAUUUGACACUGUCGGGCGCACAAAUUGUUGAUGCUUUCAAGUUUUAUUUUCAUUAUAAAUGUUUCAGUAUUUUAUAAUUAGUUUCACAACUUUUCUGUGUUGCUCUAAAGGACAAGCUUUUUUGGUUUAUGAGUGAACUGAGAACCAUUUUCAUUUUCACAAAUGUCAGUGGAUUUAACAUAUUAAAAACAGCUUAGAAGCAGGUUUAAAAUUUCUGAGUUCUUUCAACAAAAUAGAAAAAUAUUGAACAAAAAAUAUUAUAUAUCAACUAAAAGAGCCAUUUUUGGGAAGAUUUUUAUGUUAAUGAAAUAGAUGCCAGCUGUCCAAUGUCAAAGCUAAAUUGAACAGAGUCAAGCAAUAAUAAAGUUAAACAUGUUUAAGCAGAUAAAAUUGAAAUUCAGUAAAUUUAGUAAAAAAAAAGUGUAAUACCAAAUUGCCGAGAAUGAAUUACUUUACUAUUUAGUAAUAACGGUAUGCAAUUGCAUACAUAGAUACAUUUAUUAGUACGAAGGCGUUGGCAGUUGCAGUAUGGUCAAAAGGGAUGCAAAACAAUAAAAGCCAAUAAAUAAGUGUGCUAACUAAAAAUUACAUAUUAGUAACUGGAAAAUGUAAACGAAGAGCGAUUGACACACAAAAACCAAAAGAAAAAAAUCGUAAUAAUAAUAAUUACAAUAACAAUAAUAUUAGUAAACUUUAUUUAAUAAAUAAAAAUAAAAUAAAUUUAACAAAUUAUUCGAAAAUUCUAAACUAAUUUAAGUACUUUCCAUUGUGAUUGAUUCUGCCAGCAGAGGAGUUUUGAAAUUUGUUGACGCUAAACUUUAAUUGCUAGCCCAGCUGUUCUUUCGUGCACUAUUAAUAUGCUUUUAAAACUGUGUGAAAUGUUUUUAAAAUUAUCAGGUUUGGAUAGAAGACAAGGCGAAAGACAAAGCUAUUUGUAACUUUGACAAUAAGUUGAGUCAAGUACAGUGAGCAUUUCGUUAUUUGAACUAUUAAAUAACAUUUCAAACAAAAGCAGUUUAAGGAAAAAUAAAACAAGAGCGGUAUAAUAUCAUCGAUCCGAAACCUUGUCAAAAGGUUUUAAGAAAAUUGUAAUUUAUUUUAAUAUAUCGUAUAUGCAGUUAUUUAAUUUAAAGUCAUUAUAUUACCUGCUUACUCCAUAACAAGUUAUUUUAGAGAGUAAUAUGAACUAUAUAAUUAAAAAUUUUGAAAUACACAGUUAUCGAGAGCGUCCUGUACUUUAUAAAUUCCACGUAAAAACCGACUGUUUUCAGUUUUCAAACAAUUUUGCUAUUUCGUAAAAAUAAAAUUUCAAAAGAAAUGCGAAUUUUUUAUUUAAAAAAUCUCUUCAAGCAAAAUAUUUUCCUAAAUUUCCCUGCGGGCAUGUAAGGUUUCGUCAUAUUCUCUGUGCAAUAUGUAUUAUUAAAUAAAUGUCACGAAAAACGAAGACACUAUACUACGUUUAACAUAUAAAUACAUACAAACAUAUAUUUAUAUUGCAUAAGUUUCAGCAAAAUACCUACAUAAAUACAUAUAACUGAAAUACCAAGAACAUCUGCCAAACUAAGAAUAAUUCUGUAAAUGUGGUAAAUAUGUGUCGUAACAAAAGUUGUUAUUACUUUACUGUUAUCACGUAUUUCCGGUCAAUUAAACCAACACCGAAACAUAUGAAUGACAAUUGAAAAUGUAAUUUCAAAGGCAAUUUACUACUAAGAUUUCAUUUAAGUACACACAUACGUAAACAAAAAAACGAAAACACACCUACACACGGAAAACCGUCGAAACAAACACAAAUAUCACAAACUAUACUAUGACUGUAGAACUGAAACUGUACUAAAGAUAAUUUCAACACAGUGAACACUUGAAAUAUUGUACUAUAAAUAGUAAAUAAAUCCGAAAAAAGAGAAACAAAAAUCUUAAGCAUGAAUUGCAAUAAAAAAACCUAGUUAAUAACACAAAAGGAAAAAUAUUGCAAACAAAAAAGUAACACAAAAAUGAAUUUCGUGCACCGAUAGCCCAGCGCCAAUAGAAUAAAUAACAAACAAAAAUGAAUUUGAACGUAAAAUGCAGCUUAUA